AAAAUGGAAAGUGAGGAUUUUUACAAUGUUGAUGUGCUUAUCAGACCAGCCAGAAAGGACGAUAUGAUGGCUGUCGCUAGUUUAAUACAGGAACUGGCCGAUUUUCAAAAUAUGUCAGAUGGUCCGAAAAUGAAUGCUACAGAUUUACAGAGAGAUGGCUUUGAAACAACACCACCAGCAUUUCAGCUUCUUGUAGCAGAGAACAAAAAGAAUAAUGCAGUUAUUGGCUAUGCUCUGUACUUUACAACAUAUUCAACUUGGGAGGGCCCGGCAAUGAUGCUGGAAGAUUUGUAUGUGAAACCUGCAUUGAGAAAGCAAGGUAUAGGGAGAAAGCUUUUUAAUGCAGUUACCAAGCAAGCAUCACUGGCUAGAUGUUCACGAUUAGACUUUCAUGUCUUGGAAUGGAAUAAAGCAAAAUCAUUUUAUGAGUCCAUUGGAGCUGUAAACCUGACCAAAACUGAACAAUGGUGCUUGUAUCGACUGUCUGGGGAUGCUUUCCAAAAAACAGCUAAUCAGAAGUAGCAUAACAGUGUUGGCAAUUUAAUAAAAGACUCAAUGUGAUCAAACAUUAUGGGUAUAUUUUUGUAAUGUAAUAUUAUAUACAACAUAACAU